AUGCUUGGUGUCGUUUUUGCUACUCAUGAGAUAAAUCAAAAUAAGAAACUGUUAACCAACAUCACACUGGGAUUUAACAUAUAUGAUUCUUGCUAUUCAGAAAGCAGGGCAACUUGGGGUACUCUGGCCCUUUUAUCAGGGACAAAAGUGCCAGUCCCUGGUUACAUCUGCAAAUCACAUCCUGUUGUGGUAGGAGUCAUCGGUGAACUCAUGUCAUCGUUGUCAGUUUCUGUGGCUAGAAUUCUGGGCAUCUACCACUUCCCACAGAUCAGUCAUGGAUCAAUGCAUUCAUCCUUAAGUCAGAAGAGCCUGUUUCCUUCUUUUCUGCGCACUGUGACUAAUUACCUUUUCCCUCAUAGCAGAAUAGCUCAACUAAUAAGGCAUUUUGGCUGGACCUGGGUAGGAAUAUUAACUUCCGAUAAUGAACUUGGAGAGUUUGGUGGCCAAUAUUUAAAAAUGGAGAUUUUAAGACAGGAUAUGUGUAUUGAUUUUAUGGAAAAAAUUCACAUUCAAUAUUCAAAGGAAAGACUUUCGAAAAUUAUUCAAGUAAUCAGGAAAUCGACAGCAAAUGUUAUAAUUGUAAACAGUGAUGAAGUUCAUGCUCAACCAUUUAUCGAAGCCCUUUAUUCGCAUGGCAUUACUGUUAAAGUUCUGGUGUUCACAUGUGUGUUUAUCAUCACUCCUGGACUUUAUUCAAAGGAAACAAGAAUCAUAAUGAACAGCACAUUAGGACUUUCUCCCUUCACAGGUACCAUGCCUGGAUUUAAAGAGUUUCUGCAAGGACUGAACCCUUCAGCAGCUGUUGAUGAUAUUUUUAUAAAACCGUUCUGGGAGAAAGUGUUUCCUUGCAAAUGGCAACAUAAUUUAAGUUUCCCUUCAAUAAUCCCCAGUGAGAUUAAAAAUGAAAAUAUAUUCUGCACAGGCAUGGAAAAGAUAGAGGAAACAGUCAUGGACUAUUUUGAAUUAAAUGACCUCAGCUUUACCUAUCAUACGUAUCUUGCAGUUUAUGCAUUUGCUUCUGCAUUAAGUAGUAUCAUUUUACAUAGAUCAAAUAAUGAAUCAUUUACUUCUGGCUACCUCUCUGGAACUGAUUAUAUUCAGCCAUGGCAGAGCCAGGUUUUGCAGACUUUGAAAAAUGUACACUUAUAUACCACAACUGGAGAAGAAAUAUAUUUUGAUGAAAAUGGAGAUGCAGUGAUUCCAUAUGAAAUUGUGAAUAUACAGAUAUUGCAAGAUGGCACCUUUCGCCUGGUAAAAGUAGGAAGAAUGGAACCUAGAGCAUCUUCGGGUAAAGAGGUCAGCAUCAAUGUGAGUGCCAUCUUGUGGAAUGAAAAUUACACAGAGGCUCCCCCUUUAUCAGUCUGUUCUGAAAGUUGCCUUGUAGGAUACAGGAAGAUCCUCCAAAAAGGCCAGCCAGUGUGUUGCUUUGACUGCACUCCAUGUUCUUCUGGAGAAAUAACAAAUGUUACAGAUUCUUUGGACUGCUGGAAAUGCCCACAAAAUCAAUGGCCUAAUGAAAACCGUGAUGCUUGUAUCCCUAAAGUGAUUGAGUUUCUAUCCUUUGCAGAGCCCUUGGGUACAACUCUGGCUGUCAUUACUCUCUUCAUGACUCUGCUCAAUGCCUUAGUCCUGGGGAUUUUCAUUAAACACAGAGACACCCCCAUAGUCAAGGCCAACAACCGGGAACUCAGCUACCUUCUUCUUUUGGGACUCAUGCUAUGCUUUUUAUGUUCUUUGAUAUUUAUUGGUAAUCCCACUGCAACAACAUGCCUACUCCGGCAAACCAUAUUUGGCAUAAUAUUUUCUUUUAGUAUCUCUUUAGUUUUGGCAAAAACAAUUAUUGUGGUUAUUGCUUUCAAGGCAGCAAGACCUGACAGUAAACUUCAAAUACUUCUGGGUCCAACUGUACCUAAAGUAGUGGUUUGUUUUUGUUUCAUAGGACAAUUUAUUAUUUGUGCAGCUUGGUUGUUAAGUAACCCUCCUUUUGUAGAAUACAAUGCAAAAUAUGCUAAUGUAAAAAUAGUAAUUGAGUGCAAUGAACACAGUGUAACAUUUUUCUAUUGCAUGCUGGGUUAUCUAGGGUGUUUAGCUGUUGUUUGUUUUGUUGUUGCAUUCUUGGUAAGAAAUUUGCCAGACACAUUCAAUGAAGCUAAAUUCAUUACGUUUAGCAUGUUAGUGUUUGUCAGUGUGUGGCUGUCCUUUAUACCUGCAUACCUGAGCACACAGGGCAAAUACAUGGUUGCAGUGGAGAUAUUUGCAAUCUUAGCCUCAAGUGCUGGAAUACUCAGCUGUAUAUUUUUACCCAAAUGCUACAUUAUUUUACUUCAACCUCAGAAAAAUACAAGGAAGCAUUUAAUGGGCACUGCCUAG